CAACCAUCACUCAAUUCUCUAAAAGAAACAAAAUCAAAAAUGGCAAAGAAGAGUUGUGAAUCACUCCUCUGUUUCUUAUUCUUCACUAUAAGCUUCAGUACAGUUUCUGUUUCUGCACAGACAGAGACUUGUGACGCAACUACUGGGGUUUUCAAACCCAAUAGUACUUAUGCCAACAACCGCCGUCUAAUUCUCUCCACCCUCCCUUCUAACGUCACGGCUCACGAUGGCUACUUCAACGGUUCCAUCGGUCUUGGUCCGGACCGAGUCUACGUCACCGGGAUGUGCGCUCCAGGUGCUGAACCUGAUGUUUGCUCCAACUGUAUCAAGACUACAUCAGAAAAAUUACUACAGAAAUGUCUUAACCAGAUGGAUGGUUUCUCAUGGUCAGGUGAGAAAAUCCUUUGCCUUGUCCGUUACUCUAGCAACUCCUCCUUCGGUCUACUUGUCUUGAAGCCGGAGAGUGGGUUAUACAAUGUCAAUGAGAUAAAAAAAGAAAACCAGAAGGAAUUUGAUAGCGGAUGGGACGGGUUAAUGUCCCGUUUAAUCGGAAGAGCAUCUUCAUCGGUGAGAAACAACUCGUCGUCUACUUCUUCUUCUUCAUCAUUGUCUAGUAAAUAUUAUGCAACGGAUGUAGCUUCGGUGCCAGUCUACGGGAACAUAUGGGUGUUGAUGCAAUGCACUCCAGAUAUUUCUUCAAAGGAUUGUAAACUUUGCCUUGAGAGAAAUAUUGAUUACUAUAAGACAUUUUACCAUGGGAAGAGAGGAAGCAUUAUAUGGCGGCCAAGUUGCUUUUUCCGGUGGGAAUUUUAUUCUUUCUCUGGUGCUUUCGAUGAUAUUGAUGCCAUACGUUCACCGCCUCCUUCACCGCCCUCUGUACCCAGCCAAACCAAUAUAACCAAGGAGAAUGAUGGAAAAAUCUCAGGAGGAACUAUAGCGGGGAUGGUUGCUGCUGUUGUUGUUACUAUAAUACUGAUUGUUGUAGGCUUGAUUAUUUGCAAGAGAAGAAAGCAAAAUAAAGAUAUUGCACUUCCAACGGAAUCGAUUCAAUUUGAUUUAAAGACAAUCGAAGCCGCGACAAGCAACUUUUCUGACGAGAACAAGCUUGGUGAAGGUGGAUUUGGUGAGGUUUACAAGGGUAUGCUCAUGAACGGCACUGAAAUUGCCGUAAAGAGACUGUCAAAAACAUCAGGACAAGGUGAACUAGAGUUCAAGAACGAGGUUGUUGUUGUUGCAAAACUUCAACACAUAAAUCUUGUCAGACUUCUCGGGUUUUCGCUACAAGGAGAAGAGAAAUUACUCGUCUAUGAAUUUGUUCCAAACAAAAGCCUCGAUUAUUUCCUCUUUGACCCUAACAAGAGAAAUCAGUUGGACUGGACAGUGCGACGCAACAUUAUUGGUGGGAUUACUCGAGGGAUUCUAUAUCUUCAUCAAGAUUCACGGCUCAAAAUCAUACAUCGUGACCUCAAAGCUAGUAAUAUACUCCUAGAUGCCAACAUGAACCCUAAAAUCGCGGAUUUUGGAAUGGCAAGGAUCUUUGGAGUGGACCAGACGGUUGCCAAUACAGCUAGAGUAGUUGGAACCUUCGGUUACAUGUCUCCAGAGUAUGUGACACAUGGCCAAUUCUCGAUGAAAUCCGAUGUCUAUAGUUUUGGAGUAUUGACUCUUGAGAUCAUCAGUGGCAAAAAGAAUAGCAGCUUCUACCAGAUGGAUGGCUUAGUUAACAAUUUAGUCACAUAUGUCUGGAGACUUUGGGAGAACAGAUCACUGCCUGAGCUCGUAGAUCCUAGUAUCAGAGAAGAUUGUAAAAGCGAUGAAGUCAUAAGAUACAUUCAUAUUGGGCUUUUAUGUGUUCAAGAAAAUCCUGCAGAUCGUCCAACAAUGUCUACGAUUCACCAAAUGCUCACAACCAGCUCAAUUACUCUGCCUGUGCCUCUGCCACCUGGAUUUUUCUUCAAUAACAGACCAGGAUCGAACCAACAUGCUCAGGGAUCAGAGACGGGUCAAUCGACCAGCAAGUCUAUUACUAGUUCUGUAGAUGAAGCAACGAUCACAUAUGUUGAUCCUCGUUGAAAUAAUCCAGCAUGUUCUCUGUUUAGUUUAUGUUUCCAUAUAGGCUUGUCAGAUGUUUUAUCAGCGUAUACGAAAAAUGUUGUAAGGAUCAUUUUCAGGUUGACUUAUUUAGCAUAUAGAAAUUUCACACUUAAGAA